GCGUAUCCCGCCUCUCGGCGAUGCGUCAAGUCGUCUAACGAACUUACACCUGCGGUCGCGCGUUUCAGGAACCGUCAUUCGUAAGUACAAACGUGGUGCGGGAUCCCAAGUCACAGUGUUGGCUUACGUGUGUCAAGUAUCCGGAAGAGAAAAAAAUGGAAGACGUUUUGACCGAUAUCGUCUCAUCUGAAGAUUUGAAGAAAUUCGAAAAAAUAUACCAUGACCAGUUGCAUACAUCAUACGUUACACAAAAAGCACAAUUCGAAUAUGCCUGGUGCCUUGUGAGAAGUAAAUAUUCGGCUGAUAUUAGGAAAGGCAUAUUGCUGCUGGAGGAUCUCUACAGCAAUUUCGAUACAGAAAAGCGUGAUUGCCUGUAUUAUUUAGCCAUUGGAAAUGCUAGAUUAAAGGAAUAUUCCAAGGCACUGUCAUAUAUUAGGGCAUUUCUUCAAAUUGAACCAGCAAAUGUGCAAGUGCAAGAAGUGGAAAUGUUGAUAAGGAAGAAGAUGGAAAAAGAGGGCCUUGUGGGUAUGGCUAUCGCGGGAGGUGUUAUUAUCGGUGUCGCAAGUAUUCUGGGUCUGGGCAUUGCGAUGGCAAAAAAACAUUAGUUACCCAUAAAAGAACUAUUAGAACUGUGACUAUACAAUUACAAUUGUGGUGUAACAUGUUUGCGAAAUGGUGUGUAAUUUGCCACGUAAUCGCCGUUUGAGACAUCGACAAGUCUCUAAUGUACUAGAACGUUGACCAAAUCCAAUAAAUAUAAUUUGUAACAUUAUUUUUCUAUUAAUAGCAAAAAGGAGAACAGAGGAAAACGGGCUUAUAAUAAAUAUGAUUUUUAUUUAUAUAUGUUACUAAUAGUAUGAUUCAGUUCGUUUCAAAUAUAUCACGUGUAAAAUGUAAUUUUUUUUGUGCAUCCGAAAUAUCAAAUCAAUUUAAUUUUCUAUACAUUCCGGAGAUACGUGCGGUUACUUUUUACAUAUAUGGGAUGUAUGUCACAAAUGUUACAUGGGUAUAGAUAUAUGUUGCAUCAUUUUUUUUAUAUUUAUAAUUUUAUUUAUACGCGAAUAUGCGAUUUUUAAUUACUACACCAAAGUGUUACAGGAUGAAUUAUAAUUUUUGUAUAUAAUAGGAUUGUAUGUAAUAUGCUUGUGUUACUGGAUUCUUUCAAUAAAAGUCAGUAUUUGAAGAUA